GCCUCUUAAAACCUCACUUUCAGAAGAACCGGUUUGCAGCUGUCUGCAAGAUUCUCAACAGGCACACAUUCUUCUCUUGCCCACCAUGGAGGAAGGGAGGGGGAUCCUGAAGGAGGGCUUUCUAGUUAAAAAGGGUCACGUUGUCCCCAACUGGAAAGCAAGGUGGUUUGUUCUUCUCCAGGACAAGCUGCUCUAUUACAAAGUGGUGGGAGGAAAACAGGAGCCGACUCCCAAGGGAAGGAUUUUUCUGGACGGCUGUACGAUUACCUGCCCAUGUUUGGAAUAUGAGAACAGGCCGUUAGUUAUUAAGCUAAGGACAAAAACCAACACAGACUAUUUCCUUGACUGUUGCUCUCGAGAAGAGCGUGACAUUUGGGCUUUGGAUAUCACAGGUGCUAUUCAUGCUGGCAAUCCAGUGCAAGUUCAGCAACUUCAUCUCAUGAGAAACUCCUUCAAACUUCCUGCGAACAUCAGUUUGAAUCAUAUUGUGGACAAAAUGUAUGAUAACAGCAGCGGAAUCAAGAUAACGCCCAGCACCAGACAAGGCAGCUUGUAUAAAGAAAGCUUUACAGGCUCCAUACUGGUGGAUUGGUUGAUUUCCAAUAGCUUUGCAGCUUCCCGGCUUGAAGCAGUCACGCUGGCGUCUGUGUUGAUGGAUGAAAAUUUCAUUAAGCCAGUGGGAGUCCGCAGCAUUGAAGCCAUAAGGAAUGGAGAUUUGACUGAGCAAUUUUUAGAUGACUCUACUGCCUUGUAUGCAUUUGCUGAAAGCUAUAAGAAAAAAAUCAAUACUAAAGAACAGCUCAAUAUUAACAUACUUGAACUGAGUGGCACAAUUUUAAAGCAAGGCUUUUUGAUAAAACAGGGACACAAAAGAAAGAACUGGAAAGUCAGGCGCUUUGUCCUGAGGUCUGAUCCUGCUUUCUUACAUUAUUAUGACCCCACAAAGGAAGAUAACAAACCCGUUGGGGGAUUUUCUCUCCGUGGUUGUCUUGUUUCAGCACUGGAAGACAAUGGAGUCCCAACAGGAGUAAAAGGAAAUGUGCAAGGCAACCUCUUCAAAAUUAUCACGAAGAAUGACAUUCACUAUUACAUACAAGCUAGGUCCAAGGCAGAAAGAGCUAAUUGGAUUGAGGCAAUCAAGCCACUAACAUAGGAGAUGUAUCCAAGUUGCAUUUAUGGGACAGUUUAAUACAAGGACAUAAAAAGGAGCUGGGUUCUUUUUUUCCUUUUGAGAUUGCUGGCUGAGUUGUUUUAGCCUGGCAUAGUUAGUACCUGACAGAUCUGCUAUAUUUAGGCUUUUUCUCUGAAGCAAGGAAGCAUAUUAUGACACAUCCACUUCAUCAGAAGUUCCAUAAAUUCUGACAAUAUGACCUGUUGAUUGCCUGCACUAUUCUGCAGUUUGGAAUAUGCUGUCCGGAACCCCCAACAGAAAUAGAACUAAAUUGGCUGCGGAAGAGAAACUAAUCUGGAACCAGCAUUCUGGAACCAAAUCUGUCUCUUUCAAAACGAUUUUGUGCAAAUUCCUUAAUGAUCUACUGUAUAUCUUUAGAUGUCAUACUUGCAGGGCCUCUUUUCUCUUCGAUUUAACUUGUGGGAAGCAUCAGGGAUCACAGCAUUAUUUGAGAAGGUGAAGACCAAGAAUGUUGCUGCUUAGUAUUUACAUUUUGAAGACAGGAACAAAUUCACCAUAUUAAUAUUGCCAUGGGCUUCUAACUCAUCGUGCCCUAGAUUUCCUGAGAGAACAAAGUUUGCUGUUUGCCUCCUGUUCCUAGCCAGGCCCAGCAUAACUUUAAAUCAAUUAUCUUGUCAGUCUGACCCUGCCCUACAGGAUUCCUGUAAUGAAAAAAAUAAAGACGAACUGAACAGCUAUCAGGUGCUACAUUGAGUUCCUUGGAAAAGGGACAUUUCUAUUAAAAACACUGGCAUGGCAAUAUGAAAAGUCUCAUGUGCUGGCUGCUGUUCUCAUACGGUGGGA